UUCAAAACUCUCAAACUCUUGUCGCAUCCGGGGGUUUAACUGUUGACGGCAUAUGACGCUGAUUUAACUUUGCCUUGUUGGAGCUUGGACCGUCGCGCUAACAGGCUGUGGAGCAACUCCAGCCUGCACCAUCGUCGACGUUGAUGCUCAAUCGCCCUCGCCUUACCAAGCGACCCUCCCUCCUCGAUCUUAUUCAAAAGAAGAACAUCUCCUAUAUCUCGUCUUUCUCGAGCAGUAGCAGCCUGUUCGAAGACGACGUCGAGCCGCGCACUGUCCCGCUCCCAAGGAGCCCACCGAGAACACCGCACCGCGAAGACGUCAGCGAACCACCGCCGCCGCCCAUCGCAUUGAACGACGAUAGCAACAAGGGCCGCAAAGAGAUCCCAGUAGCAAAUAUGGGUCCCAAACCAAAGAAGCAGCAGGAGAAGCCCCAGCAGUCGCAGCAGGCUGAGGGCAAGCAGCCUGAUGGCCAGGUCUUCUCCGUCUCUGGUCCCGUCAUUGUGGCCGAGAACAUGAUUGGUGUUGCCAUGUACGAGCUUGUCCGUGUUGGUCACGACAGCCUCGUAGGGGAGGUCAUUCGAAUUGAGAACGACAAGGCCACCAUCCAGGUCUACGAGGAGACUGCUGGUGUCACCGUAGGCGACCCCGUCCAGAGGUCUGGACAGCCUCUCUCCGUCGAACUCGGCCCUGGUCUUAUGGAGACGAUCUACGACGGUAUCCAGCGUCCUCUCAAGGGCAUCGCCGACGACUCGAACUCGAUCUACAUUCCCCGUGGUAUCGAUUUGCCCGCUCUUGACCGCAAGAAGAAGUGGGACUUCACACCCGGCAACCUGAAGGUUGGCGACCACAUUACUGGUGGUGAUGUGUUCGGAACCGUCUUCGAGAACUCCCUGCUCAGCGAGCACAAGAUCCUCCUCCCUCCCCGCGCGCGCGGAACCAUCACCCGUAUCGCCGAGAAGGGCAGCUACACCGUUGACGAGAAGAUCUUGGAGAUCGAGUUCAACGGCACCAAGACUGAGCACAGCAUGAUGCACCGCUGGCCUGUGCGAGUGCCUCGUCCUUCCAACGAGAAGCUGUCCUCCGACCAGCCUCUUAUCGUCGGCCAGCGUGUCUUGGACUCGCUUUUCCCCUCCGUCCAGGGUGGUACUGUCUGCAUUCCCGGCGCUUUCGGCUGCGGAAAGACUGUCAUUUCCCAAUCUCUGUCCAAGUUCUCCAACUCUGACAUCAUUGUCUACGUCGGAUGUGGUGAGCGCGGUAACGAGAUGGCUGAAGUCUUGAUGGAUUUCCCCGAGCUGACCAUCGACGUCAACGGCAAGAAGGAGCCCAUCAUGAAGCGUACCACGCUCAUUGCCAACACCUCGAACAUGCCCGUGGCUGCUCGUGAAGCCUCCAUCUAUACCGGUAUUACAGUUGCCGAAUACUUCCGCGAUCAGGGUAAGGACGUCGCCAUGAUGGCUGACUCCUCCUCGCGAUGGGCCGAGGCUCUUCGUGAAAUUUCCGGUCGUCUCGGAGAAAUGCCUGCUGAUCAGGGUUUCCCUGCUUACCUCAGUGCUAAGCUUGCAUCUUUCUACGAGCGCGCUGGUCGCGUCACUGCUCUCGGUAGUCCUGAACGCCACGGAUCCGUCUCUAUCGUCGGUGCCGUCAGUCCUCCCGGUGGUGAUUUCUCCGAUCCUGUUACAACCAGUACACUCAACAUUGUGCAAGUCUUCUGGGGUCUUGACAAGAAGCUCGCUCAGCGAAAGCACUUCCCCUCGGUCAACACCUCGAUCAGUUACUCGAAGUACACAACACCGCUCGAUAAGUACUACGCCGAGAACAACCCCGACUUCCCUCGCCUGCGCGACCGCAUCAAGGAACUGCUCACAACUUCCGACGAUCUCGACCAGGUCGUGCAGCUUGUCGGUAAAUCCGCCUUGGGUGAUUCUGACAAGAUUACCCUUGACGUAGCCACAUUGCUCAAGGAGGACUUCUUGCAGCAGAAUGGUUACUCUGAUUACGACCAGUUCUGUCCGCUAUGGAAGACCGAAUGGAUGAUGAAGAACAUGAUGGCGUUCCACGAUGAGGCACAGAAGGCAGUUGCGCAGGGACACAGCUGGCCCAAGGUUCGUGAUGCGACAUCAGAGAUCCAGAGCCAGCUGCGCAGCAUGAAGUUUGAGGUCCCUUCUGAAGGCGAAGAGGCAAUCACAAAGAAGUACGAGCAGCUGUUGCAGAAGCUGACAGAGAAAUUUGCCUCUGUCAUCGACGAGUAGACGCCAGUACAAGAAGGCGUUGUUUGCAUGGCGAAGUAGUCCCGAGUAUAUUGCUGAACAUAGAAUGUGAAUUGUAUCAAGAACGAAA